AUGUAUUAUUUUUGCCGUGUUCUUAUCAGGCAAGUUUCCGUGUACAAUGCCUAUAGCUCCAUUAUCGACGGAGUGCCUAAUAGCCUGCGACGUGUAGGCAUGCUCUAUGACGCAGCCUAUCAGAUGGACUCGCGACGCGUCUGCCGCCCAUGA